ACGAGAGACGCGACGGAGGAGGGUCUCUGCGUUUGUUGCGCAAGCGGCGGGAGGGCGAAGAGCAGCCGCGGCUGCUUUUGUUGCGACUCAGCCGGGCGGCCGCCGAGUGCCGAAGCCUUCUCUCCGGAUCCCCGCCUUCGGGGUACGUGCGGGUGGGGAGGGCCCCGGCCGGAAGACCCGAAAGCGGCCUGGGCUUCCGUGGAGGGAAGGGUGAAACGCUUGUGUUGGCGGAAGGCGCUGCCGGAGCGGGAGCCGCCUGGAAGGUGAGGAGGAGCGGAGACGGAACUCCGCCAAGGCCCCUGAGCGCCCAGGAGGUGGCUCCUUCCUCUUCGGGAGAAGAACGUCCUGCUCGUUCGCCCAGGAAAGAACUGCCCCGUUGUGAUGGCCGAUCACAUAAUGAUGCCGAUGAACCAUGGUGCAAACGGACUACAAGGCUACCGGAUAAGGAUGAAUGGGAUGCAAGGCCCUCCACAACAUGGGCAGCAUGUCCUACGGACUCUACCAGCCAAUCACCAGAUGAUGCAGUAUGGAGGCCCCACCAUGGAUGGAGCUAUGAGGCCUAGGCCUAGCAUCAGUGGACAGAUGGGUCACCACCAAGUGCCAAGCACCAUGAUGUUCAGCAGUCCAAGUCAACAGCAACAGCAGCAGCAAUAUAUGGGGCCUGUGGGCACACAGCAGCUUAUGGCCAGCAUGCAUUUACAGAAACUCAACACACAGUAUCAGGGCUAUCCUCUCAUGGGCCUGAACAAUGGGUCCAUGGGGAUGGGGGCUCAGCAGUACCGGAUGGGGCCUGGACAGCAUCCAGUCAUGCAGCACCUGACUCCUCCUGCAUUGACCUUGAACAUUAUGGAUACGGAUCUGAUUGAUGAAGAGGUCUUGACCUCUUUGGUCAUGGAGCUGGGGCUGGACCGAGUUCAGGAGCUGCCAGAGCUUUUUCUGGGACAAAAUGAAUUUGAUUUCAUCUCAGAUUUUGUUAGCAAACAGCAGCCGAGCGCAAUCAGCUGUUGAAUUGUGCUGCUGGACCACUGGUGCUUCUGAAUGCUUAUUUGAGUGACAUAUCCUCAGCCCACCUCCUUAUUUUUGUCUUCCCUGUGCACAAAUAUAUAGGUUUUCUAAACUUAUAUUUGCCCACUUCCCUGAAACACAAUGGACAAUCACUGGACUUUUUUUGUUGCAGCUCUGCAUUGUUCCUCCUUGAGGGAACUGUGUCUUAGGUGUCCUUAAAGAAGAGGAUUGGAUGGAAAUUAAAUGCUUCUCCAGAGGAAACAAAAAUGGCAGCUACAACAUUUUCGACCCAGAGGAAAUUAAACCAUCUGUGUUUUGACUACUGAGUGGAAGGGGUGGGUAUCAAGCUGAAUUGAACACUCCUCCAUGGAUGUAUUUUUAGUGGCAUUUUUACAUUCCUACUGAAAAGGGGAGCUAGUGGGUAUGAAUGUGGUUUGCUCUUCAUAUCCUUCACUUCUUGCAGAACUUGGAUAACAUAUAUAUUUGGACUACAGUUUGCCAUGUAGUCUAUUGGUUGUGGAGGAAGCUGGGUGAUUUCAUCAAUCGCAACAAGUAAUUUUUCCCAAUUCUGUUUCAUUGCCCCCAGUGCUGUCAAGUUACCAAUCAGUAUCUUUCCUUUUUGGCUCAAAGGAGAUCACUGGCAUCAGGUGUUUUGUUCUGUGUGUCCUACCCUAUGCACACAUCUUUUAUUUUAGAAAAGGGAAAAACUAAUUGGUGAGAGUGGAUAAACCAAUUAAUAAAUUCACAGAACAGGCCUUUCUCCAAUGUGUUGUUGUCCAGAUAUUGGUGGAGUCCAACUUCCACCAUCCUUGGAGUUGUCCGAAUCAUCAGGCAGUUGACCAAGUGGUUGAGGCUGUUCUAGGACAUCCCUUCAGGCUUCUACCACUUUAAGCUAUCAUCUAGUUCUUUGCAUCUGAAACCAAAUAAAAAUCCCAGUAAUUGUAUAUAUUUCUGAGUUUAUUUUGAAGAAAUGAUCAUAUUUAUCUCAUGUGUGUCUGUAAUAUUUAUUUGGAAGGGCUCAACUAAUACUUGCCUUUUGAGAUUUACUGGAAAGGGCUAAAUAUACACUAUACAAAGUGAUUCUAGUAAGGUACAUGUCCCUCCCCAUUUUGUUUCCUGUCAGUAACCAACAUUGUGAAAUUCACAACUUGGCACCUCACUUCUCCCUCCUAAGACUUGAUAUACUGAACUUCUAAUCAUGUUUUCUCAACAACAACAAAAAAAAGGAUGAAAGUGUAGGGGAAUUGCUGGCUUGUUUUCCUGCCUGGUCUCAUUUCCAAAUGCUUUGGAAAAGUAGAAAGCUGAGUAUGCGAAGUUGCUACUAUCCCUCUUUUUGCAAGCACACAGCAGCAUGUCGUUGUCGAUUGGUGGAGUGAGAAUGUACAUAGGUGAUGUUUUGUUUUCCCCCUCAAAUAAAAGUGAAUCCCUCUGAAGUUGAA